AUGGUGAGGUUGAGUUGGACCAAAACGGUCGUUCUGACCUUCCUUACACUUUUCCUUGGUAAGAUAAGCUCAGUGCUGAAUUUGGACGAAGCGUUCUUCAACAGUAACCUCAGCUUCGGAAUAAGCUUGUCUAAUUUGUUUACGGAUAAUCAUGUAAAGGUAAGCGAGUUGAAGAUAAAUAGUGCUUACCUGUUUGAUACAUCGCCCCGAAUCGAUUUGGACUUGGCGUUAUCGGCCCUAAAGGGGAUAGAAGCUAUCGGUGACAGGGGCAAAAGUGAUGGAAGGGAAUGGGAGGUAACUUCCGCGACAGGGCACGAAAGAAACCCGUGGACUCGCAUAUCUAGAGAAGAUUUUUUUAAAAAGCAAGAGCACACAGAGGACCUCAUGAAGGGUAUGCCUAUGCCUUAUCACAUAAACAACAUUGCAGAUGCGGUCCGAGAGAUAAAUUUUUAUUUCAACCAAGGGAGUAAGAUUCAUGAAGAAGAUCUAAUAUACAGAGGAAGAUACACACCGGAGAUCUACACAGAUGUGUAUAUAAUCAUCACCAUCUCAUUUAUGUACCUUUUUUGUAUUAAAGUAAUUUGUGAGGGAUAUAUGCGAGGGAAGAAUGUUGCGAAGAAAUACAUAGCCAAAGUAUCGACAUUAUUUUUCUUUUUUUUAAUAUUCAAAAAUGUAUUGAAUUUUUUACCAACCAUGCUAUCCUCAACCGUUUGUCUCAUCAUGACAUUUUAUUUUUACUCCAUUUCGAUGAACCCUUGCGACAAAAUACAAUUUUUAAAAAAAUCAAGUAUUAAAAAAGAACCCAUCGGAUGGGUUCUAAUCGUAUUUGCUGAAUCUAUAAUUAUUGGAAAUAUUUUAUACCAUGCUGUAUGUACCCCCCAAGUGUUAAUCACCUUGUCUACCUAUGUACCAAGUGAAGUGUUCCUAAGGAUGAUUUGCCUCCUUUUUCUUUUACUUAUUGGGUAUAUGAUAUUUCUACUAAUGAUAAGUAACCUUGUAUCAGCAAAGAAGGCACAGAAUUUUGUAUUUUCCUUCACAUCAUCCUAUUUAAUUGUAUCCUGCUGUACAUAUUUUUUCAAUAUAUAUACUCUGCGUGUGUGGAAGAAUACGAACAUAUUUCAGAUCGAGCCCAUGAUGUUUUUUUCAUACUCUCCUAAAUUUGUUUUUAAUGCUCAGAAUGCGAUUGCCUUGGCUUUUACGUUUGUCAUCACCGCGCUUUCUAUGUCGAUGCCCAAGCUCCUGAAAAAUACCAGGGGGUUCUUUGCCCAGGGGGGGAAAAGGAAAAAAGGGGGCUCCUCCUCGGGAGAGCGCAGUGCGUACGACAUUAUUAUGAACUGCUUUGCUUGA